AUGGUCUAUGGGGGCAAGCCAAGUACCGGAUGUUACCUGUGUCGCAAGCGGAAGAUAAAGUGCGAUGAAGCACACCCGGAGUGCCGGAACUGCAUCAUCUAUGGCCGGCCAUGUCCUGGGUACCGGCCGGAUGCUGUCUUUCGCAACGAGACCAGGAAAGUCGAGCGGCUGGUGAAGAGCAAUGCCGGUGUAAAUUCCCAUAGCAAUUCCGACAGCCAGAACGGCUCCCCAACGGCGGACUCAUCUAUGUCAGCUGUCUCGCACCGCCGACGCGCAAACUCACAUGCCAAACACCAUGGCAAGGCUACCCUGACGCUAUACUCGCCCGCUGACUCCAGCUGGGAGCAACGAGCACUCUGCUACUUCUUCGACCAGUACACCAUCAAAGCUGAUGCCGAUGAUGGCGGACACCUCGAAUAUCUACCCCCGCUGUACGCCCGCGAGCUCGGUCGCCAGAGCAGCGAAUCGCCGUCUCCUUGUUUGCGGUGGGCGGUUGAUGCCACGGCGCUGAUGACUCUCGCUAAUGCGAAGAAUGCCCCACCUCUCAUGAAUAAGGCGCGGGAGGGCUAUGGGCGGGCUUUGCGGGGCUUGCAGGAGGCGUUGGCGUCGCCGGCUAAUGCGGUUAAGGAUGAGACGUUUGCUUCGGUUGUUUUGCUUUCGCUGUAUGAGGAUAUCUCGGGCGAGCGGAAUGGGCUACUCAGCUCGCAUACGGCCGGGUUUGAGUUCUUGAUGAAGCUCCGUGGAAACACGCUGGUUGAUCAUCAGCGUGGUCGAGAUAUGCUUACAUUUGCUUAUGCCCACACGUAUGUUGAAAUACUUGCACUGGGAGACAAGCCCCGGUUCGACAUCAAAUGGGACCUCGGCAUGCUCAACACCAAUGACCCAGUCGAGCGGCUCAUGUUCACCGUAUCAAAGCUCUGUCAGUUAUUCCUAUACAUAAGAUCUCCACCAAACCUCCCAGACCAAGCAGCAAUCGAAUCAUGGAUCAGAGCCGGCCUCGAGUACGACAUCGAAAUUUCCCAAUGGACACAGACCCUACCAGACCGCUGGCUCCCACUAGUCGUCUACUCAGCACAGGGCGAGCUCCUACUAACAUACAACCGCCUCUCCAACGUCGUGAUCUGGAACUACUACCGCGCAGUGCGCGUGAUGGUCCAGCAUCUUCUCCUCGGCCUAAACACUACACUUAUCUCCAUCAAGGCAGCGAACAAACAAUUCUCCGAUUCCCCGAAUUCCAGUUCCGGACCAGAGUCCGAACCCGUUCUCGACGAGUCAGCUCUAAAAGCCGUCAUCCGCGAAAUGACCACAGACGUCUGUCGCAGCAUCCCCUUCGCGCUGGCUGACGUCGACUCCCUCGGCCGCCCGAAUAAAUCAGAUAGCGCGUGGAAAAUGCGCGCCGCGCAGGGCUACGGCUUGCUCUGGCCCCUCUGGUAUAUUCUCUCCUCUGGUUUGCCGACCCCGGCACAGGGGGAGCAGAUCCGCACUGUGCUGUCGCGUGUCGGGUCUACGCAGGGCAUUAAAUUGGCGUUGGUUCUUGCUCGUGAGGCGGAGCGCAUGCGUGGAGAGCAGGAGGACGCGCAGGGUGAAAUUCUUGGUUGGGAUUUACCCCGUGGUGCGUACGAUCUCGAUAACUAA